GAGAAAGCAGUCAAUAUAUUUGAUCAAAGCUAUGGGUCUAUCUACGGCACGAAGGCUACUCGUAGUUCUCCUGGUUACUGCGUUCGUCUUCUCCGGGAGUGCUGAAGCCUGGAGCUGGAGUUGGGGCUCCGGCCAGUCCGGUUCUAACGGGGGUUGGGGAUGGAGCUCCGGCAACUCUGGCGGUUCUUCUGGCUCGGCUUCUGGUGGUUCAGAAGACUCUAACUCGGGUGGUUCAAGCUGGGGUUGGGGAUGGAGCUCAGACGGUACAGAUACUGAUUGGGGAAGCAGCUCUGGAUCAAACCAUUCUAGCGGUACUGGAUCUACACGCAAAAGUCACAGCCCUGGCCAAAAUCACUCAAGCGGCACUAGCCCUACACACAACAACGAUAGCACGAGAUCAAACCACUCGAGCAUCACUGGCUCCACACACAACAAUCAUAGCUCGGGCUCAUCAAACCACUCGACCAUCGUUGGUUCUACACACAACAAUCAUAGCUCGGGCUUAAACCACUCAAGCAUCACCGGUUCUACUACGUACAACCACACGGCUCCAAUAACGAGGGGGAGAAAGAUUGCGGUUACUGUGUGGAAAAACGGAUACGGUUACACAGAAUGGGCUACAAAGCAUGCCCCUUUCUACGUCCACGAUGUUCUUGUUUUCACGUAUAACAACAACAACAAUGAUCAAACCCUAUCCAAGAUGAAGCACCACAACAAGAAGAACGACGUCUACUUGCUCCCAGACAUGAAGAGCUUCAACAGAUGCGAUGUGACCAGAGGCAAGAAGCUGGCCGCACGACGAGGUUCACCAUCAUGGGGCUUCAAGUUGCUUCUUCGUAAGGUUCAGACUUACUACUUCGUCAGUGGAGACCACAACGGCUGCAACAACAACAACAUGAAGUUCUUUGUCCACCCGAUUCCCCACCCUUCUCACUAAGACACUAACUAUAAAAUCCACUUGCUCUUUCCUUUUCUUUAAAGUUUAAACUCCGAGUUAGUUUAUAUUCUGCAGGUUUUUUUCUAUUAGUUAACCUUUUUCGUAUAAGUCAUUUAAAAUUUUAUGGAAUGAUUAUUACUUCUACAAGGUUAUAGUUUUCUUCCACUGGAGUAAUAAUUGCCACAAGUCAGCUCGAGAGGAAAAGUUAUGUGA